AUGCAUGCCUUUGGACGCGGAAGAGGAAAAAUAACGGCAUUCAAGAGUGAUGAUAUACAAUAUCCAGCUAUCUUUAUACCUGGUAACGCCGGCUCUCAAAUAUGGGGUAAAUUAAAUCGUUCCAGUGUACCACAUCUUUGGUGUUCUCGUCAUUCAAAUUGGUUUGAAUUAUGGUUGGAUGUACGUUUAUUAUUACCGGAAGUAAUUGAUUGUUUUGUUAAUAAUAUGCUUUUAAUCUAUAAUUCAACUACUAAUAAAACAUCAAAUCAAGAUGGUGUGGAUGUUCAAAUACCUGGUUUUGGUCAAACAUCAACAAUUGAAUAUUUUGAUUCAAGUGGCUUAUCUUAUUCAUCUUAUUUUGCUCCAAUUGUUCGAUCUUUAGUUGCUCUGGGUUACACACGUGGACUUAAUCUACGAGGUGCGCCAUAUGAUUUUCGGCGUGCACCGGACGAACAAGGUGAUUAUUUUCUUAAUUUAACAAAUUUAGUCAUGGAUACAUAUGAAAAAAAUAAUCAAACGAAAAUUGUCCUAAUUACACACAGUAUGGGCGGUCCAUUUGCUUUGUAUUGGCUUCAUCACAUAACACCGGAAUUUAAAGAAAAAUAUAUUCGAUCAAUGGUUACAAUUGCAGCACCAUGGGCUGGAGCUGUUAAAGCAUUACGUUUGAUGGCCAGCGGCGAUAAUAUCGAUGUAUAUGUUGUUUCACCAAUACGAGUAAGACCUUAUCAACGUUCCGCACCUAGUACUGCGUUUGUUAUGCCAAGUCCAAACUUUUGGUCUGCAGAUGAAGUAUUAGUAGCAACUCCGUUUAAAAAUUAUACUGUUCAAAAUUAUAAAGAAUUUUUUACUGAUAUUAAUUAUCCAACUGGCUAUCAGUUUUGGCUAAAUGUAAAAGAUCUUGUAGAUGAAUUAAAACCACCCGAAAUCGAAGUACACGCACUUUACAGUAGUCAAAUGUCAACACCAGGUGUUUUAUUAUAUGAUGAGCGUACAUUUCCUGAUUUGCAACCCACUGUGUCAUACGAUAAUGGUGACGGUACUGUUAAUAUUCGCAGUUUAUUAGCAUUUCAAAAAUGGACUGAUAAACAAACUCAAGAUAUUAAAAGUUUAGAAUUACCUGGUGUGGAACAUUUAGCUAUAUUGAAACAUCCAACGAUAAUCAAUUAUGUUAUUCAAGUUUUGACUGGUAAAUUUGACAAAAAAUAUCAGCCUAUUCUCUAG